AUGGCAAUACAGCAUCCCACUUUAUAACAGGAGCAGUAUCAAGGCACUCUCAUAAGUGAAACAGGUACUGAAAGGAACUCCAGCAGAAUUAUGGAACCAUGGAGGUAUUGCUGGAAACUUGUCCUUUACAUUUUGCUGGUUUCAGAGCACACAGGAAGUCAAGUGACCUUUCCCAGCCCCGAAGCACUUGGAGGCAUACAGGACCUGACUGACUCUUCUUCCCCAGAAUCAGAGUCAAACACCUCCUUGGAACCUGAAGCAAGGUUUCCAAAUGAGUGGCUAUCAACCAUGGUUACCAUGGAGCUGGUUUCUGAAGUGAGUACAUCUGCAGCUAUGAUGGUCGAUACCUAUGAAAUGCUUUCAGGUCAGCUCCACUCCCUACCUUUUGAGAGCAGUACUCCCAAUGCUGAAAGUCCCAGCCAAGAGACCACUUUCUUCCAGGCUACCAGCACCCCAGCGGGUGAAAGCAGAUCAACAGACAGCCUGAGCUUUGCUGAGGCCAGCAUUGCCCCUCCUGGGGAUGCAUCCAUAGCUCCAAGCCCACCGGCCAACCGGGGCUAUGCACAUUCCAUCCACAGCCGCAGCAUCCCCACAAGAAAAAGCUCAUCUGGCUUCAGACCUCCUGACAUUUCCAUGGUCAAAAAAGGAUCCACCAGUGCCUAUCUUCUUGGUCCCCAAGACCCCACAGGGCGGAUGUCACACUCGGCUACCAUCAAGCUGGUUUCUGAAGCGAGCACAUCUGCAGCUAUGCUGGCUGACUCCUAUGAAAUGCUCUCAGGUCAGCUCCCCUCCCUGUCUCUCAAGAGCAGCACUCCCAAUGCUGAAAGUCCCAGCCAAGAAACCACCUUCUUCCAGGCUACCAGUGAAUAGGAGGAAUGUGGCACGGAAAAGAAGGCAACCUUGGUAUUCCUGGUUCUUAAGAACAUUUAUCCACCUUUCCAUGAUAAUGUAACUGAUAUGUCUCUUUCUAAUAAGACAAGAAUUCUUUCUUGAGGAUAGUUAAUAGUAGAAGGACAGGGAAGUAACUUGAAGUGUGCUAAUAACGAAUAUAUAUGCUUACAUCAUCUAUUACCUAUGCAUAUAAAUGAUUACAUCUUUUCUCCUUUCUGAAAUGUUUAAAUAAGAGUGUAUCCUUUUGUCCCUAGGAAUCCAUCCCUUUAUUCCUCCAGUGUGUGCUAUUAAAUAAAUAAUUACUGCAGCAAAUCUUGAUAAUUGGUUUUUGGGUCCUGCAUUCGAUUUCACAGAAACUGAUGGAAUUUACAAUUUUUGAGUCGAGAGCAGUGAUAACAGCUGGGAUGUCAUUAUAGGGAGAGUGUUGUGAGAUUAAUCCUAUGUCCCUUCCUACUGCCACAUAAGGGCACCAUUAAGGAAUAUAUGUAAGGCAACAAUCUGUGUCUAAAAAUUUAUUUAGGCUAGGAAGUUUUGUUGAAUGUGUCUGGCUCUUUCCACUCUUAUCCUCAUUCAUCUUUGUCCCUCUGCAAGUUCAGCUGAGGAAUGACCAGAAAGCAAGAGAGAACUUGGCUUUGGAGCAGUGAAUGUGAUCUUUCUGUGUCAAAGGAUAUUGAUCCCGAGGCUGUCAAACUUCCUUUUUUCCUUUUGUCUUAUUGAACGAAGUUGCCUAAAGUGAUAUCGGGCAUGGAAGAAAGUAUGUCAUGGUGCUCAGGCAGACUGUGAUAGGUGAAUGAAUGUUUCCCAAAUAAAGAAGUAAAUCUGCUGUGGCUCAAGGCUGGACAUGGGGUAGUGUCCUCAUUUGUAGUGUCCCUGCAGAUUGCAAAAGUGAGGGAGUGUAUGAAAGUGUAAAGGAUUAUAAACAGUUGUUUCUCCCCAUUCUGGAGAAAAACAGGCCAAUAUAGGUAGUUCUUGACUUAGGACCACAUCUGAGCCCAAAAUUUCUCUUGUUAAGUGAGACAUUUAUUAGAAGAGUUUUGACCCAUUUUACAACCUUUCUUGCCAUAGUUGUUAAGUGAAUCACUGCAGUUGAUGAGUUAGUAACACAGUUGUUAAAUGAAAUUG